AGCACUGAUGGGGACAGAACGAACAAGGACUUCUUCUAAAAAAGACAAUGUGGACAAGCUCUCAGUUCCACCUGGUUUUGUGUCUCUUACGUCAAUCAUACUGAGGAGAGUAGAGAACGGUGACGGAACUUGUAGUUCUAUGGCAUUUGGAACUGAGUUGGAGCCAGCAUCAGCCCAGAUUGAUACUGCUUCCAAUGUAAUCGACAUUGCAAAGCUUAAGAGGUCUCUCAAGCGUAGACCAUGGAUACUUCAUAAUCAACUUGAUUACAAUCCCGAGGAAUCAGGCUCUGAAGAGAUUGAUAUGAAUCUCCCUUUGAAAAAUUGCCUUCCCAAAGGAGCAAUCUGUGGAUGUUCAAAUUGUGGUGGCUUUCAUAAGGUUAAAUUAUCAUUACAUUGAAUUCUUUAUAAGGUGAUUGCUAUUGUCCCUGAUAUAGGGUGGUGUUUGCUAGAUUCCUGCUUUUAGUGGGCAAAAAGGUCCCCCUUCAAGGGAUGUGAUUAAGCCAAUGCAGGCCUGAUUAGUAUUUUAGUUCUUUCUUCCCUCCUCCUUCAACUACUCUUCAGGAGUUGGUCUACCACAUUUCAUUUUUUGUCACCAAAAUUGUUAAGAAGCAAAUCCCUGUCAUACUAAUUCGGGAUGCUGCGGCCUGCUGGAAAUGAUGCUUGAAACGGACUGGAUUUGGAGUUGGAAGGCAAUGAUUAUUGGCAGCAAAUAGGGAGCAAUGGCCACAACAUUGGAAGAGGGUUCAGAAGAAUAUGGAGUGAGUUCAUGCGGUGCUGUGUUGCCAGCAAUUGCAGACUAUAACCUAAAUCAGACCAGGAUACAGAUUGUGCUGCCAUGAUUGCUGAUGACAACAUCGAGGAGCCUUUGUUUUGGACAGGGUUGCAUAGCAAGAAAACAAGAGCAAAUUAUUGAAAAGACCUACUAAUCUUGUUUUGACUAUUGAAAUUAUGGUGUCUGAUGGGGACAUUUUUCUCCACUAAAUUUAGGCAUCUUGCCAUCAACACCUCAUGCCAGAGCCGUUAGUAAUCCCCUUCACAUGAUCUUCAGUAAUCACCAACUUAUACUCUUGGAACAGGUCAGUGCAAGGUGGCGUCCAGAAGAGACAUGCAUGCCUAUACUUGAAGAGGCACCUGCAUUCCACCCAACUGAAGAGGAGUUUAAAGACACACUCAAGUAUGUUGAAAGUAUACGCCAACAAGCAGAACAGUACGGAAUUUGCCGUAUCAUUCCUCCCCCUUCCUGGCAGCCACCAUGUCUUAUUAAGGAAAAGAACACAUGGGAAAGAUCUAAAUUUACUUCCCGUGUUCAACGGAUUCAGAAACUAUAUUCAGAGAGAAAACAGGGUGGAAUGGAUGAGAAGAUGAAUGCGAAAAGGAAAAGAAUUACAAGAACGGGCUCCGAAAUUGGGUCUGGUGAUGGGUGUACUACAGACCUUGAUGAAACUGGACACUGUACUGCAGGCUUGGAAUUUGAACAUGGGCCAAAGUUCACACUGGAAUCUUUCAACAAAUAUGCAGAUGAUUUCAAAAGCAAGUACUUUCGCAUGAAAGACGAAGUUACAGAUUUGAAUAUGAAUUCAACAAUGUUCCAAGAGCAGUGGGAACCGUCAGUGGAGAAUAUUGAGGGUGAAUACUGGCGAAUCCUUGAAAUUCCAAGUGAAGCAAUUGAGGUGCUUUAUGGUGCUGAUAUGGAAACUAGAAUUUUUGGAAGUGGAUUUCCAAUAAUAUCCAACUCACUGGAGACACCCCAGUAUCCUGAAUAUGUGGAAUCAGGUUGGAACUUAAAUAAUACCCCUAAGCUUCCUGGUUCUCUUCUUGCCUUCGAAAGCUGCGACACUUCUUCCAUUUUACUCCCUCGACUCCAAGUAGGAAUGUGUUUUUCAUCUCUUUUUUGGAAAAUAGAAGAGCAUCGAUUAUACUCACUCUGUUACAUGCACUUGGGUGCCCCUAACAUAUGGUAUGCUGUCCCAGGGAGAAAUUCCUUCAAGUUUGAGGCAACUGUAAAGAAAAACUUUCCCGAAAUUUUAGAACAUCCUGAGUUGGUCCAUAAGCUGGUCAGCCAACUCUCCCCCUCUACUUUGAAGUCUGAAGGUAUCCCUGUAUAUCGCUGCAUGCAGUAUCCCGGGGAGUUUGUCCUCGUCUUCCCCGGAGCAUACCACUCGGGAUUUGGUUGUGGCUUUAAUUGUUCUGAGACAGUACAUUUUGCUCCCUUUGACUGGCUGCCUCAUGGGCAGAAUGCCGUAGAACUGUACAGUGAGAAGCACAGAAAGACUUCAAUAUCCCAUGAUAAAAUGUUGCUGGGAGCAGCCAGGGAAGCUGUGAGGGCACAAUGGGAACUCUCACUAAUAAGGAAGAACUCUGUGAAUAAUCUACGAUGGAAAAAUGUCUGCGGAAAAGAUGGGAUUUUAGCAAAAGCACUCAAAUCGCGCCUUAAGCAGGAAGCUGCUAGGAGGGAAUAUCUUUGCAGUUCUUCAAAGUCACAGAAGAUGGAGGAGGACUUUGAUGCUACACUCAAACGGGAGUGCAGCAUAUGCCUCUAUGAUCUACACCUUUCUGCCACAGGUUGUGCAUGUUCCCCUAAUACAUAUUCCUGUCUCCUUCAUUCAAAACAGCUUUGUUCUUGUGCUUGGAGUGACAGAUUUUUUCUCUUCCGACAUGAAAUAAACGAGUUGAACAUCUUGGUUGAAGCUUUGGAAGGGAAAUUAAGUGCAGUUUACAGGUGGGCUAGAGAAAAUCUUGGGUUUACUCUUCAUUCUACUGUCUCCAAAGAUAAUGUGCAACUAUCCAGGCCUUGUGAGGGACAUCCCCUUCUGCAGAAACAACCUUAGUUUCAAUGAUGCACCAACAUCCACUUGUAUCUCUUCUGAGUUUGAUGUCUAGGUAAUGUCUGAAAAACAGUGGAACCAGCGGUUGCAGUGACAUUCUUAAUCAACCUGAAAGAGAAAGAAAAGCACAGCAGCAUUUACAAUUAGUUCAAUUGGCCACAAAAGGUGGAAGAGAAACACUGAAUGCUGGCUUCCCAAUCAAAGAAAAGGCCGUGGACGCUUCUCUACUGUGCUGUAACUUAAGGUUCUGUAUCUUCAAUUCCUAUUGUAAUAUCAGAAUUGCAAUACCUGGUCUGCAUUUGAUAAUGUUAUCAUGUUGUAUUUGUAGCCAUUUUUUUAUAGUAAUAAUUACUUAUGCUUCAUAUGUAAAGAACUCUUCCAGCCCCUAGGAAGUAUGCAUUGUCUCUUUUGAGUGAACAGCUUGAAAGUGCUUCUCUAAAGAUGAUUGCUGGCUA